UUAUCCAAGGCUGUUUUCUGCAGGAUCGCUUUUACUCUCUCCUCAGUUGUUACGACGGCCAUUUCGAGGCCCGAGAACACUGAGCAAGCAAUGCCUUCAAACCCCUGUAUUCGCGUCCGCGAAGCGACGCGAGACGACAUCGGUGCCAUUGUCGACAUCAAUUUUACGGCUUUCGAUGACAAUGUCAUGAACCGACUGAUGUACCCAGGCGGUGUCACUGCCGACGUCAAGGCAAAAUACGCUUCUAAGCUCUUCCCCCAGGACAAUGCAGGAACCCCAGCGAACGAGGGACAAACUGUUCUCUGCGUUGCCGAAUACCUGCCAGAGCCUACUGACGGGCCUGGGGAGAUUGUUGCCUUUGCGAGAUGGCUGCUUCAACGUGAGCCGCGCACCGAGGCAGGAUGGAAGGCGAAAGAGUUUAACGCAACGACCGAGACAUGGGGCGAGGGUUGCGAUGUGGCUGUGGUCAACGCCUUUAUCGGCGAAAUGACACGGAUUCAACGCGAUCAUGCCCAAGGUGAAGCAGCACUGUAUCUCAGCCUUCUCGCAUGCAGCCCAACCCGGCAGCGGCUGGGAGCCGGCUCGGCGCUCUUGAAGUGGGGUGUCGAUCUUGCCGACAGCCUUGGGCUCCCUUCCCGAGUCGAGGCCUCUCCUGCCGGCUAUCGCCUCUACAAGAAGUUCGGCUAUGAGGACGUCGAUGUGCUGGAUCUCAAGGUCACCGACACCUGGGGCGUGGUUAACACAGACGGAAGCGAUUGGGGUGCCAACAACGCCGUGUCUCUUGCAGGCCCAGCUCCUGACGGGGUUGUGCGCAGCGUAAUCAUGAGGCGGCCACCUCGGAAGGCCGCCAUCUGAGCAGUAACGUUAUGCAAGGCAAAAACAAGUCAGGGCACACGAAGAUUCCGCGGGCAAGCCAUUUGUCACCACUAUGCACUCAGCCUCAUUUUCGGUCGCUGGGAGCCGCCCAACCGUUACAGUCCAAGCGGCAACCUGCAGGGUGGCACGAUGCUGUGUUUCAUUGGCAAGGUAGUC